GACAUCACUAACACUACCACGUGUUUACUUAAAACUAUCAUAAGUUGUGAUGGAAAUUUAAAUUAAAACUAAUUAACUACAUGAUUUCUAAAGCAAAAUGAACGGACUAUCAUUAAGGAUAGUUCGUGGUGGAAUGAAAAAAUCUAAAAACUUGAUUGGUUUUCCUCCAGUUCAUAUAGAAACUUCUUUCUUCAGUGAAACAGGGGACAAUGAAGUUUUCAAGAAUUUUGCCAAUGCAUCCCACACUGAUGAACAACUAGCUAUAUUAAAACAAAUACUUCUGGGGGAGGUAAACAAACUAACCGUAGAUGAUUAUAAGUUCCUUGUGGCUGUAUUUCUGCUGGCUGAAGCCAAACACCCAGUGAAAUGUUUUAUUACGAGACAUAUAACAAAGACAGAAUGCCUUCAACAACCAUUCUCGGAAGCUCUAGCUAAUCAGAUCAAGUCAUACAGUCUCCAGACACCCACCUUGUACACGGGGUACAUGGAUGUGGUGACCAAAUUGUCCGCUUGCCUUGAGAACUUCCCAGCAGGGGCAGCCUCCUUAAAGGUAGCUCGAGUUGAGCUGGCUGGGUACCUAGUCCAGUGUUUGAACUGCUGUAUCAAGGCUGUAAGUGAACAAUCAACUCUAUCUCCAACAGAAAAGAAUGAAGUAUUCAGCCUUUGUCAUUUAACAUUGAGGCUAAUCUUGCACAUAAUACAAAAAGGCAGUGAAGACCAGAAAUUAGACUUUAUAUUUGAGGACAUAAGGUUGUUUAUACAACAACUAGUGUCGCAUGAUGAUGUGCCUAUGGAUACCAAGUCUUUAGCUGGCAUUUUGUGCUUGACUGUUUAUAUUGUGGAUAAUGGACCAGGAUCGUGGGCGGAUGUACUGGAGGAGCCGAACCCUGACCCAUGCUUCACAAAUCUGCUGUCGUCGGACGCGGGCCGGAUGUGCCUGCACUCGGCUGUGGUGUCCGCGAUCCCCGCCGCGCAGCUCGCGGACACCGCCGUGGCUGGUACACCGGUGGCAGUUGAGGUCGCCAAUAGCUUGAUACAGAUUGGAGAGAGAAACUCCUCGGAUUCUCCAUUCACGCUGGGCGUGACUCGAGCAUUACUCAACAUAAGUAAAAUGCUAAAUCCUCCUUCCCACGGGCGUUUAAUCAUGGAGGCCCUUCUUCCGUUCGUAUGGGGCCACUUGGACCACUACAUGGAUAGUGUGAGGCACCUGACAGCGGACAUUUUGAAGAAUAUCGUCAGAUUCUGCAAGAAGGUUCAUGAUGAAGGCGACGACCAGCCUCUGGACGAGUUGUUCGGCGCAGUGUCACAGCUAGACAAACACCGCAAGAGCUACCACGUGAGCGUGACUCUGCUGGCCGCCGCGCUGCCGCAGCUGCAGCCAGCCGCCACCUUAACAUUGGAAACUCUUAUGAAGAGACACGCAAAAGAAUCCUCGGACACAGUGUACCAGCAGUGGCUGCCCGUGCUGCAGCAGUCGCGCGAGGCCCUGCUGGCGGGCGACGGCGCCCUGCGGGAUACCAUUUUACCGCACAUCCGCGACUGCGAAGCCGAUAACUCCUCGUCAGCAGAUCUGAAAAGCGUUCUGAUGUUGGUGAGCGCCGUGCGGAAAGCGAGGGUCGAGGUAGAACCGAUCGGAGAGGGGCUGUGGAGGGGGUUGGUGGGCUAUAAUGUUCUGAGGAGGGCUGCGGUUGACGAUGUAGACGAGACUCGAAUCCUGUCCCUGUCGUUGAUAGCCGACUCCCCUCGAACCACUGAGCCGUUUGAGUCGGGAGAGCUGUCCCUACUCCUGUACCACUUGGACCACGUGUCGCACGCGACUCCCAGCUUCAGGCAGCUGCUGCAAGCGCCGCUACGGAAGUUCAUGAAGCGCCUAGAAGACAGUUACAAAGUGCUCAAACGGCAAAAAGACAAUGAUUUACAUAUAGAUAUGUACCAGAGAUUUGUGGAAGACUUACGUUCGUUGUGCUACGGCAAUCUGUUACGGGGAGCCAACUAUAGCAGAAGGAGUUUAUCGUUACAAAUACUCAAGUGGACCGAAUACUUGGACUUGGAAGGGUUUGAGAGAACAUGGCACGAGGAAUACCUGGAGAGGUUGCUUGUCCAUUUAGAGGACAGCUACGAGAACAACAAGUACUUAGCUCUAGAGAUCCUUCAGAGGUGUCCAAUCGAAAUGCUACAGAACAAAGUGUACUCAGUGAGUUUGGACUUGGAGGACAUCUUGCGAGAGGCCUCUUCGCUGAAGCCCACAAACUGCACAUCGGCUGCAUACAAACUGGAAUUGUUACGGCGAAGGUUACCCGAGAAUAUAUUCAAAUAUCAAACAGACAAACAUUCUGCAUCUGAGCCGGUGAGUCACGCGCUGGGGUGUAUACUACUGGAGCGACUGAAGUCACAGUUACAAGUUGCCGAACGCAGUAUCGUGCGGGCGGCCAGAGACGGCACCAUGUACGGAUUGCUGCACUGCUUGGGACAGCUCAUGAAGAAUGUCGAUGUGCAAGCUAUAUCAAACUGUGAGUCGUGGCGACAUCUGAUCGACGAUAUAAUAGAUACCAGUAUGUCGGUGUGCGCGGCCGUCGCUUGUGUCGUCAAUAACUCAUCGCCCGAGGGACAUCUGCCCAUGGACAGCGGCCGCGUCGGCGUAGGCGAUCACGGGAAUAACGGUGGCAUAGUGCUGGAGGACGGGCGACCGGUGACCGCGCAAAUGGUCUUGCUGUGCGCUUGGAGAUCUGUCAAGGAGGUGUCCCUGCUGCUGGGAAGGACGUCCGCGCUGCAGCGCGCCGCAACGCUGCGCCGCGCAGGCGCAGUGUUGCGGCGGCUGCUGCGCGACACCAAGCAUCGCGGCGCCUUCGAGCAGGCCUAUGUGGGCUUCACUCUACUGCUCGAGAGGUUGUGGCGCAGCAGAGAGCCGUCAUUACACAAUUUGCCGCGGCAGUGGCUGCAGCAGCUGAUGGACAGCAUCGCGAUGGGUGACCGCAAGGACGCUACGAGGAGAAGCGCCGGCUUGCCCUUCAUGAUUCAGGCGCUGGUGACAACAGAAGUGCAAGUGGAAGGCAACCCUAAAUGCUUCCACCAUUGCAUGGCGACCCUGCUCCGCCUGGCCGCCCGCGAGCGCCGCGACGCGGACACCAGGGUGCACUGCCUCAACAUACUGCGGGCGCUGUUCAGGAACUCCGCUCUCGACGAAAGUGUGGCCGGUUACGUGGGACAAGGGUUUGUUGUGGCCUUGAACGGAUUCGAAGGUGACACUUGGGCGGAGCGCAACGCCAGCACGCUAGCGUUCAGCGCGCUGGUGUCGCGCGCGUUCGGAGCCCCGCGACCCGGACACGGGGCUCCGCGCCAACACAUGACCGGCAGGAUAUUCUUCCUCAGGUACCCGCAGCUCUACGACGUCUUGAUGGAUAUACUGCCAGCAUCGGCGACCCCGCAGCUGCGGCCGGCAGUGUUCCCCGCGCUGGUGCUGCUGUCGCGGCUGUGGCCGAGUGCGCUGGAGGGCUCGGCCUCGUCGCUGCGCGUGUGCGCGUUGCGUCCGCGCGCCGCGCUCGCGCGCUCCGCCGCGUCCUGGCUCACCCGCCGCCUCGCCGCCGACGCUGUGCUGCCGCUCGUGUCGCCGGCACUGUACUACACUUACAUCGAAUCCCUCCUGUCAUCGAUCCAACAGCCCACUACCCACAACCACACACACGGGGUACUCCUGCAGCUGACCCGACUGCUGGGGGCGAAGCCCGACGAUAUCCCGAUACAAAACGGACAGGCUCUGUCUGAGAAACUGUUCGCAGCGACGUGGGUCCUGAAGCAGGCGUGUGGGGAAAUACCUGACUACGUGAUAGCAGACGAGUUUGUGAAGGUGCUCAAUAUGGUUAUUUGGCGGAUGCCAUUGUUAAUAACAGAAGAUCUAAUCACCUUCACUAUGACAACGCUCGAAUCAUUACUAUUUAACGAGAAAUCUUCCCAAAUAACUUUCGGAAGGGAGAUAUGUCUUUCCAACGCUAUGUACUUACUUCUUAUCCUAUAUACUAAAGACAGACAACAAGACAUACCGUCUAUUAUAUGCAAUAAUGUGAUUUAUAGAUAUUACGAUGUGACUUUAUCAGUUCUGAACUAUUUAUUGAUUUUACACAACAGUUUGGAAAUUGAAUGCAAUUUCCAAAUACAUAUAAAAGAAUUAAGGGAUAAAAAUGUUUUAGAAAAUUUGAAAAAAUGCCCGAAAUACAUAACGACUUUGUGUAAAAUAUUCGAGGAAAGCAAAUACUUAGAAUGUAUACAGAAAUCGCUGAAAGUGUUAACUUUAGAGGGGAACACACAGAAAUAUGUUGUGCAAAUAAAAACUGGGAUUAACAAUUUGACAGACGAAAUUAUAACACAGAAGCUAUUCGAGUUAAUUGAAAAUGAACACGAGAAUUUGACCCAUAUUUACUUGGAGUGCCUGUCGACGUUUAUUACUGAGAAAUUGAAGGAAAAAGCAAUUAGUAUGGAGUCUAUGUUGGAUGUCGUAAGGGUGAUUUUCGCUCACAGCACCCCGAACAAUGCGGAAUAUGUAAGGGAGGUGGUCGUAAAGUUUUUGGAAGAAAACUUUGUUCAAUUAAUCGAAAUCAAAGAUGGCUGGAGUUGGAGUGACCAAGAUAAAUUCGAAUACUCAGCAACAUUGUGGUGCGGCGUCGUGGCGCUGCUGGAGGACGCGGAGGCGGCGCUGCGGAGCCGCGCUUGUGCGCUGCUGCGCCGGCGCCGGCUGCUGCCGCCCGCCGGCCGGGACUUGCGGGGGACUAUACAGGGUGACAAGGACGAGGGUGCGUUGUUGGUUGUAUUCGCGUUGUUGGACUUCCAGUCUGAGGUGUGCAUGACGGACGAGAUCAGUGACGAGUGCAGAGUAUUCGACCAAAAUGAGAGGCACAACGUGAUUUUAGAAGAGACGAUAUGGAGCUACCACAGCGCCCAAAGAUUGAGGCAAAUAUACAGCGAGAAUACAUUGAUUAAUGUACUAAACAUAUGUGACAACCCGACAUAUAGACAGACCAUAGACAAAUUGUGCAAUACCAACGUGACAAUGUUUAAAAAAAUAGCCAACGGCGGCGAAAUAAAAAAAACAGCUGCUUUAAAUCCUAAGAUUGAAUUAUUUAUUGAGCAAUUGAAGAAAUAAUAAACUGUGUAAUAUACAUAA